CUUCGUUGCAUGAGGCGUCUGCAACCCACGGAAAAUUAUUUGUUUAUUUUUUACUCGACAAUCCACAUUGUUAUUUAUUUUAGAAAGUUUUUUUUAUGUUUAAGUUAAAUUACUGAGUUAAUGCUACCACUGCCAGCGUGUUUAUCAUUUCCCUUAAAACUAUUUGUCACAAAUAUUCAUACUUAUUGUUAAGUUGUCAUAUAAAAAAUUGAAAAUAGUCUCAGCUCUCGAUCGUUUUAGAAGAUAAGUUAUAAGACAUAUCUGAAAGAUUACUAUACGAAUAAGUCAGUAUUUUUUUUUGGACGCCAUGUGUCUGAAGAAUAAAUUACAAUUUCUUCAAAGUAUUUGGCGGCAACGAAUUACACAAGGCCACACAAGUUUUGAUCAAAAGAUUUACCAAAAAGUAAAAAUUGUUGCUGGAGGUGAAGGAACCUGUGAAGUAGAAUUUCAAGUUGACGAAGAACAUACAAAUCCAGCUGGCUUACUUCAUGGAGGAUUUUCGGCUUGUCUCAUUGAUUCUGUUUCUACAUUGGCCCUAUUAACGCAUCCAAGACAAGUACCUGGUGUAUCUGUCAACCUCAACAUAACGUACUUGAAAGCGGCUAAAAUUGGAGACAAUAUCCUGGUCAAAGCAGCUACGGAUAAAGUGGGGAAGAAUUUGGCUUUUCUCAAUGUCCAGAUCGUCAACAAGCAAAGCGGCGCGAUUCUUGCUCAAGGAAGUCAUACCAAGUACCUUGUCUGAACAGUCUGUAUUCAUUCAGCAACAAUAAUUACGUAGACAUAGCAGGACGACCUCCGUCACAGACUCACCAGCAGCAAUUGUAACAUGUAUGUACGUUACAAACACAUUGGUAUGAGAAACAAAAUCUAUUAGACAUAUACACCACAUACUGUAUGAGCGUCAAAUUGCCACUUUAAAUAGGUUCUUCAUUAAGUACAUAAAUUAUAUAUAUAUUGUAUAGACAUCAUGACUGGGAAAUAUUAUAUAAUGAAUAGAAAUCACUCUUGAAUAUAUUCGUUUUAAACUUGA